UUGGGGUGGGCAAGCAGCAGGGGGAGGCAGGCGGGCAGGCGAGGAGAGGCGCCCAUGCGCCGCUGGUGCCUCCGUCGCUGCUCCGUCCACAGCUGCUGCGCGGAGGCAACAAAGGAAGGCAUGAAGGAGCCGGCGCGGCCUGGACUGGCUGAGUGAUCCUUGAGGUCUUUAACUCUUCUUUGUAAGUGAUAACUUACAUUCAAACGAGGGGAAAAUGGCAUUUGUUUCAACGCAAGGACCCACUGUGGUUGACCAAACCACUUUAAUGAAAAAAUACCUCCAGUUUGUGGCAGCUCUAACGGAUGUCAAUACACCUGAUGAAACAAAGCUGAAGAUGAUGCAAGAAGUCAGCGAAAACUUUGAGAAUGUGACGUCAUCCCAGCAGUAUUCCACAUUCCUGGAACACAUCAUUCCUCGCUUCCUUACUUUUCUCCAGGACGGAGAGGUUCAAUUUCUGCAGGAAAAGCCAGCACAGCAACUGAGAAAAUUAGUUCUGGAAAUAAUCCAUAGAAUACCAACAAAUGAACAUCUUCGACCGCACACCAAAAAUAUCUUAUCUGUGAUGUUCAGAUUUCUAGAGACUGAAAAUGAAGAAAAUGUACUUAUUUGUUUGAGGAUAAUCAUUGAAUUGCACAAGCAGUUCCGGCCACCAAUCACACAAGAGAUACAUCAUUUUUUGGAUUUUGUGAAACAGAUUUACAAGGAGCUUCCAAAAGUAGUGAAUCGCUACUUUGAGAAUCCUCAGGUUAUCCCCGACAACACUGUUCCUACUCCAGAAAUGGUGGGUAUGAUCACGACGAUCGUAGUGAAAGUAAAUCCAGAACGGGACGACAGCGAAACGAGAACGCAUUCAAUAAUUCCUCGAGGCUCUCUCUCCUUGAAGGUGUUAGCUGAGCUGCCCAUUAUUGUUGUCCUUAUGUAUCAGCUGUACAAACUGAACAUCCAUAACGUGGUGGCUGAAUUUGUACCCUUGAUCAUGAAUACAAUUAUUAUUCAGGUGUCCACACAAGCAAGGCAGCAUAAACUUUACAACAAGGAACUGUAUGCUGACUUCAUUGCUGCACAGAUAAAAACGUUGUCGUUCUUGGCCUACAUAAUAAGAAUUUAUCAGGAAUUGGUGGCCAAGUAUUCUCAGCAAAUGGUGAAAGGCAUGUUGCAGUUGCUGUCAAACUGUCCUGCAGAAACAGCUCACUUGAGAAAGGAGCUUCUCAUCGCAGCCAAGCAUAUUCUGACCACGGACCUGAGGAGCCAAUUUAUUCCAUGCAUGGACAAAUUGUUCGAUGAAUCCAUACUAAUAGGCUCUGGAUACACGGCCCGUGAAACCCUGAGGCCCCUGGCAUACAGCACUUUAGCGGAUCUGGUUCAUCAUGUCCGACAGCAUUUGCCGCUCAACGACCUCUCCCUUGCUGUCCAGUUAUUUGCUAAGAAUAUUGAUGAUGAAUCAUUGCCCAGCAGUAUCCAGACCAUGUCAUGCAAACUUCUGCUAAAUCUCGUGGACUGCAUUCGAUCCAAGAGCGAACAGGAAAAUGGAAAUGGCAGAGACAUCCUCAUGAGGAUGUUGGAGGUUUUCGUCCUUAAAUUCCACACCAUUGCCCGCUAUCAGCUCUCCGUGAUCUUUAAAAAGUGCAAGCCGCAGUCUGAACUUGGGGCAGGAGAAGCCGCCUUGCCCAGCGUGCCGGCUGGAGGAAAUGCCGCUCCGGUUCCUGUUCCGUCCCCUGCUCCCACCACUCCCGUGGCCCCUGCCCCGGGGCCUGUCUUUGAGAAGCAAGGGGAGAAGGAGAAGGAAGACAAGCAAACCUUCCAAGUCACGGAUUGCCGAAGCUUGGUGAAAACCUUGGUCUGCGGCGUCAAGACGAUUACCUGGGGUAUCACUUCUUGCAAAGCUCCUGGUGAAGCUCAGUUCAUUCCCAAUAAGCAGCUGCAACCUAAAGAGACACAAAUAUACAUCAAGCUGGUCAAAUAUGCAAUGCAAGCUUUGGAUAUUUAUCAGGUUCAAAUAGCUGGAAAUGGGCAGACGUACAUCCGAGUUGCAAAUUGCCAGACCGUCAGGAUGAAAGAGGAGAAGGAGGUCCUGGAGCAUUUUGCCGGCGUCUUCACAAUGAUGAAUGCUCUGACUUUUAAAGAAAUCUUCCAGACGACAGUUCCAUACAUGGUUGAAAGAAUCUCUAAGAACUAUGCCCUUCAGAUUGUUGCCAAUUCUUUCUUGGCCAACCCAACUACCUCAGCUCUGUUUGCCACAAUCCUGGUGGAGUAUCUCUUGGAUCGGUUGCCUGAGAUGGGCUCCAACGUGGAGCUCUCCAACCUGUAUCUCAAACUUUUCAAGUUAGUCUUUGGCUCCGUUUCACUUUUUGCAGCGGAAAACGAACAGAUGCUUAAGCCACACCUCCACAAGAUUGUGAACAGCUCCAUGGAACUUGCACAGACAGCCAAGGAGCCCUACAACUAUUUCUUGCUGCUCAGAGCUCUCUUCCGAUCGAUUGGAGGAGGGAGCCACGAUCUCCUGUAUCAGGAAUUCUUGCCCUUGCUACCAAACCUACUGCAAGGACUUAACAUGCUGCAAAGUGGCCUGCAUAAGCAGCACAUGAAGGAUUUGUUUGUAGAGCUCUGCCUCACCGUGCCAGUCCGACUGAGCUCCCUCCUUCCUUAUUUGCCAAUGUUGAUGGAUCCCUUGGUGUCUGCCUUGAAUGGAUCCCAGACGCUGGUCAGCCAGGGCCUGCGGACUUUGGAGCUGUGUGUGGAUAACCUACAGCCAGACUUCCUGUAUGAUCACAUCCAACCUGUGCGGGCAGAGCUUAUGCAGGCUUUGUGGCGGACACUGCGCAAUCCAGCAGAGAACAUUUCCCACGUUGCUUAUCGUGUGCUUGGCAAGUUCGGUGGAAGCAACAGAAAAAUGCUGAAGGAGUCUCAGAAGUUGCAGUAUGUCGUGACGGAGAUUCAAGGCCCCAGUAUUACGGCGGAGUUCUCCGACUGCAAAGCAUCGAUCCAGCUCCCAAUGGAGAAGGCCAUCGAGACUGCCUUGGACUGCUUGAAGAGUGCGAACACAGAGCCAUACUACCGGAGGCAGGCCUGGGAGGUGAUCAAAUGCUUCUUGGUGGCCAUGAUGAGCCUGGAUGAUAACAAGCAUGCUUUGUAUCAGCUUCUUGCCCAUCCGAACUUUACUGAGAAGUCGAUUCCCAGCGUAAUCAUUUCCCAUCGGUACAAAGCCCAGGACACACCUGCCCGUAAGACGUUUGAGCAGGCGUUGACAGGGGCGUUCAUGUCGGCAGUGAUCAAAGACUUGCGUCCCAGUGCUCUUCCAUUUGUAGCCAGCUUAAUUCGGCAUUACACCAUGGUGGCAGUUGCCCAGCAGUGCGGUCCAUUCUUGCUUCAGUGUUACCAGGUUGGAAGCCAGCCCAGCACGGCCAUGUUCCACAGUGAAGAAAACGGAUCCAAAGGCAUGGAUCCCUUGGUGCUUAUCGAUGCCAUCGCCAUCUGCAUGGCGUACGAGGAGAAAGAGCUCUGCAAAAUUGGAGAGGUGGCCCUAGCCGUGAUAUUUGAUGUUGCCAGCAUCAUCCUGGGAUCGAAGGAAAGGGCUUGCCAGCUUCCCUUGUUCUCCUACAUCGUGGAGCGGCUGUGCGCUUGUUGCUAUGAACAAGCCUGGUACGCGAAGCUCGGGGGAGUGGUGUCCAUCAAAUUUCUCAUGGAGCGGCUGCCUCUCAUUUGGGUUCUCCAGAAUCAACAGACUUUCCUCAAGGCGCUGCUGUUUGUCAUGAUGGACCUAACAGGAGAGGUUUCGAACGGAGCAGUUGCUAUGGCCAAAACCACCCUGGAACAGCUCCUGAUCAGGUGCGCGACUCCUCUGAAAGAUGAAGAGAAAACAGAAGACAUCCUCUCGGCCCAGGAAAAGUCUUUCCAUCACGUGACCCAUGACCUGGUGCGAGAGGUGACCUCUCCAAACUCCACUGUAAGGAAGCAAGCGAUGCACUCCUUGCAGGUGCUUGCCCAAGUCACGGGGAAAAGCGUCACUGUGAUCAUGGAGCCGCAUAAAGAGGUCCUCCAAGACAUGGUUCCUCCGAAAAAGCACUUACUUAGGCAUCAACCUGCAAAUGCCCAGAUUGGUUUGAUGGAGGGGAACACAUUCUGCACCACACUUCAACCCAGACUUUUCACCAUGGAUCUAAAUGUUGUAGAACACAAAGUGUUCUAUACAGAGCUGUUGAAUUUAUGUGAGGCUGAAGACUGUGCUUUGAUGAAAUUGCCCUGCUACAAGAGUCUUCCGUCAUUGGUACCUCUUCGGAUUGCAGCACUGAAUGCCUUAGCUGCCUGCAAUUAUUUGCCGCAGUCGAGAGAGAAAAUCAUUGCUGCACUUUUCAAGGCACUUAACUCAACAAACAAUGAACUCCAGGAGGCAGGAGAGGCUUGCAUGAGAAAGUUUUUGGAAGGUGCUACGAUUGAAGUUGACCAGAUUCACACGCACAUGAGGCCUCUGCUUAUGAUGUUGGGUGAUUACCGAAGUUUGACGUUAAAUGUGGUGAACCGCCUAACUUCAGUGACCCGACUGUUCCCUAACUCCUUUAAUGACAAAUUCUGCGAUCAAAUGAUGCAACACCUGCGUAAAUGGAUGGAAGUGGUAGUUAUUACACACAAAGGAGGACAGAGGAGUGAUGGAAAUGAGAGUAUUUCCGAGUGCGGGAGAUGUUCCUUGUCUCCAUUCUGUCAGUUUGAGCCUGCCAUGGAAGGGGUAGAGGAAAUGAAGAUUUGCUCAGCAAUUAUAAACCUAUUUCAUCUGAUCCCAGCUGCUCCUCAGACACUCGUUAAACCCUUACUGGAAGUUGUGAUGAAAACAGAACGGGCUAUGUUGAUAGAGGCUGGCAGUCCGUUCAGGGAACCAUUAAUAAAGUUUCUGACGCGUCAUCCAUCACAGACGGUUGAGUUGUUCAUGAUGGAAGCAACCUUAAAUGAUCCACAGUGGAGCAGGAUGUUCAUGAGCUUUUUAAAACAUAAAGAUGCGAAGCCACUGCGUGAUGUUCUGGCAGCUAAUCCAAAUCGCUUCAUCACAUUAUUGAUACCCGUCGGUACUCAAGCAGCUGUUCGCCCUGGCUCUCCCAGCACCAGCACAAUGCGCCUUGAUCUCCAGUUUCAGGCUAUCAAGAUCAUAAGUAUUAUAGUGAAGAAUGAUGAGUGCUGGCUGGCGAACCAGCAUUCCUUAGUGAGCCAGCUCAGGCGAGUGUGGGUCAGCGAAGCUUUUCAGGAAAGGCACCGCAAGGAGAACAUGGCAGCCACAAACUGGAAGGAACCAAAGCUGCUGGCGUACUGCUUAUUGAAUUACUGCAAGCGGAAUUAUGGUGAUAUAGAGCUGCUCUUCCAGCUUCUCCGGGCCUUUACCGGCCGUUUCCUCUGCAACAUGACUUUCUUAAAAGAAUACAUGGAAGAGGAGAUUCCCAAAAAUUACACCAUUGCCCAAAAACGGGCACUCUUCUUCCGCUUUGUUGACUUCAGUGAUCCCAACUUUGGAGAUGAGCUUAAAGCCAAGGUUCUGCAACACAUUCUGAAUCCGGCUUUCUUGCACAGCUUUGAAAAGGGAGAAGGCGAACAGCUUCUGGGGCCCCCCAACCCAGAAGGAGAUAACCCCGAAAGCAUCACCAGUGUAUUUAUAACAAAGGUACUUGAUCCAGAAAAGCAAGCUGACAUGCUCGAUUCGCUCAGGAUUUACCUCUUGCAGUUUGCCACUCUUCUCGUGGAGCAUGCGCCGCACCACAUUCAUGACAACAACAAGAACCGGAACAGCAAGCUGCGGCGCCUCAUGACCUUUGCCUGGCCCUGCCUGCUCUCGAAGGCAUGCGUGGACCCAGCCUGCAAAUACAGCGGACACUUGCUCCUAGCGCACAUCAUCGCCAAGUUUGCCAUUCACAAGAAGAUAGUCUUACAGGUGUUUCACAGCCUCCUGAAGGCUCAUGCGAUGGAGGCACGAGCCAUUGUCCGGCAAGCCAUGGCUAUUCUGACGCCAGCAGUGCCUGCUCGGAUGGAAGAUGGCCACCAGAUGCUGACCCACUGGACAAGGAAAAUCAUAGUGGAAGAAGGUCACACCGUUCCCCAGCUGGUCCAUAUUUUGCAUUUAAUAGUCCAGCACUUCAAGGUUUACUAUCCAGUGAGGCACCAUUUAGUGCAGCACAUGGUGAGCGCCAUGCAGAGACUGGGCUUCACUCCCAGUGUUACUAUCGAGCAAAGGAAACUGGCUGUGGACCUGGCAGAAGUGGUCAUCAAAUGGGAAUUGCAAAGAAUCAAAGAUCAGCAGCCGGAUUCCGAUAUGGACCAGGGUGCCAGUAGCGAAGGAGCCAGUUCCGCCUCAUCUGCUGUGAAGAGGGGGCUUUCGGUCGAUUCAGGCCAAGAAGUGAAGCGGUUCAGGACUGCGACGGGCGCAAUAAGUGCAGUAUUCGGACGCAGCCAAUCGCUGCCUGGAGCUGAUGCGCUCCUUUCAAAACCCAUUGACAAGCAACACACCGAUACGGUCAUCAACUUCCUCAUUAGAAUUGCUUGCCAGGUAAAUGACAACUCAAACACGGCUGGCUCUCCAGGAGAACUGCUUUCUCGACGUUGUGUCAACCUUCUGAAGACAGCUUUACGGCCAGACAUGUGGCCGAAAUCAGAGCUCAAACUGCAGUGGUUUGAUAAGCUUCUAAUGACUGUGAAUAUCCUGCCCCAUCAUGUUUCCCCCAGGUCCGAGGAAGCAAACAAAGCCUUCUCUGCAGCUGUGCAGAUGCACGACGUUCUAGUGAAGGCCUGGGCGAUGUGGGGGGACUACUUGGAAAAUAUAUUUGUGAAGGAGCGUCAGCUGCAUCUCGGGGUCUCGGCCAUCACUUGCUACCUGCAUGCCUGUCGCCAUCAGAAUGAGAGCAAGUCCAGGAAGUACUUGGCAAAGGUCCUUUGGCUACUGAGCUUUGACGAUGACAAGAACACGCUAGCAGAUGCUGUUGACAAGUACUGCAUUGGAGUCCCCCCUAUCCAAUGGCUGGCUUGGAUUCCACAGCUGUUAACCUGUCUGGUUGGGUCAGAAGGGAAACUUCUGUUAAACCUUAUUAGUCAGGUUGGGCGAGUCUAUCCCCAGGCAGUCUACUUUCCUAUUCGGACCCUCUACUUGACACUGAAGAUAGAACAGCGGGAGCGCUACAAAAGUGAUUCCGGACAGCAGCAGCCAAGUUCAGUCGGAAACCAGUCCCAUUCGGCUUCGGACCCUGGGCCAAUCAGAGCCACAGCUCCCAUGUGGCGUUGCAGCCGAAUUAUGCACAUGCAGAGGGAAUUGCACCCCACACUCCUCUCCUCUCUGGAAGGGAUUGUGGAUCAGAUGGUCUGGUUCAGAGAAAACUGGCACGAAGAGGUCCUUCGACAGCUUCAGCAAGGCCUGGCCAAGUGCUACUCUGUCGCCUUUGAGAAGAGUGGAGCGGUUUCAGAUGCCAAAAUCACCCCCCACACGCUGAAUUUUGUCAAGAAGUUGGUCAGCACCUUUGGUGUCGGUCUGGAGAACGUCUCCAAUGUCUCCACCAUGUUUUCCAGCGCGGCUUCGGAGUCGCUAGCGAGGAGAGCCCAGGCGACGGCUCAAGACCCUGUCUUCCAGAAACUGAAAGGGCAGUUCACAACAGAUUUCGACUUCAGCGUGCCAGGCUCCAUGAAGCUCCACAAUCUUAUUUCUAAGCUGAAGAAAUGGAUCAAAAUUCUCGAGGCGAAAACAAAGCAGCUUCCCAAGUUCUUCCUCAUAGAGGAAAAGUGCCGAUUCCUGAGCAACUUCUCAGCCCAAACAGCUGAAGUGGAAAUUCCUGGAGAGUUCCUUAUGCCAAAGCCGACACAUUAUUACAUCAAGAUUGCACGGUUUAUGCCCAGAGUGGAGAUAGUACAAAAGCAUAACACUGCAGCCAGAAGACUCUAUAUCCGAGGUCAUAAUGGAAAGAUUUACCCGUAUCUCGUAAUGAACGACGCUUGCCUGACAGAGUCACGCAGAGAGGAACGAGUAUUACAGCUCCUUCGCCUCCUCAACCCCUGUUUGGAGAAGAGGAAAGAAACCACAAAGAGGCAUCUCUUUUUCACAGUCCCCCGAGUCGUGGCCGUCUCUCCACAGAUGCGCCUGGUCGAAGACAAUCCUUCAUCUCUCUCCCUCGUGGAGAUCUACAAGCAGCGCUGUGCCAAGAAGGGGAUUGAGCACGACAGCCCGAUUUCUCGCUACUAUGACAGACUGGCAACCGUCCAAGCGCGAGGGACCCAGGCCAGCCAUCAGGUUCUCCGUGAUAUUCUGAAAGAGGUGCAGGGCAACAUGGUGCCUCGGAGCAUGCUGAAAGAGUGGGCUUUGCACACCUUCCCCAACGCCACCGAUUACUGGACCUUCCGGAAGAUGUUCACCAUCCAGUUGGCACUGAUCGGGUUCGCAGAAUUCGUCUUCCAUUUGAACAGGCUUAACCCUGAGAUGCUCCAGAUUGCUCAGGACACUGGCAAACUGAACGUGGCAUACUUCCGUUUUGAUAUCAAUGAUGCUACCGGGGAUCUUGACGCCAACCGCCCCGUCCCAUUCCGACUCACACCAAACAUUUCUGAGUUCCUCACUACCAUUGGCGUUUCUGGUCCACUCACUGCAUCUAUGAUUGCAGUGGCUCGCUGUUUCGCACAACCAAACUUUAAGGUUGAUGGCAUCCUGAAGACGGUGUUGCGGGACGAAAUAAUUGCUUGGCACAAGAAGACCCAAGAGGAUACUUCCUCCCCGCUCUCGGCAGCAGGGCAGCCGGAGAACAUGGACAGCCAGCAGCUGGUUUCGCUGGUUCAGAAAGCCGUGACCGCCAUCAUGACGCGCCUGCAUAACCUGGCUCAGUUCGAAGGAGGGGAGAGCAAAGUCAACACCCUGGUUGCUGCGGCAAACAGCCUGGACAACCUCUGCCGCAUGGAUCCUGCCUGGCACCCCUGGCUCUGACUUGGCGCCGUGAAGUUCUUAUGGCCUGCAGUUGCGGUGGGGAGAAGGGUGGGGAAAUGUGAACACUUCUUUGUGAACCAUGCCUUGCUUUGCCGCUACAUCUCCACCCAUCCUGACCUCACCUUUUCAUCAGUCUUCGGUGUGAUCAUGUUUACAGAAGUACCGCUGCCUCUAUGCCCCUCGAAGUCAUUUUUGCAUGCUUAUCGUCCAAGGAUCGCUCCUUUGAAGUGGCUUAGGGAGAGGAGACAGUGAACCAUCUCUUCCUUCGCGCCGCCGCGAGGAUGUGCCUGUGGCUCGGAAGCUGCAGGCCUACUCAUUCGAACUUUUUGUUUUAUUUCAAGAACACUUUUAAGGAAUUUGUAUCCCCCACGUUGUGGGUCUUCCUGCGUGACGUUCCUGUUUUUCAUUUUAUAAAAAGUGUUUUCUUUGUUGUUUACCUUCCGAUUGGUGCAAAGACUGCUGGAAUGAAUGCCAUUUUAAUCCAGUCACAUGUGCAUCGUAGUGGGUUUGUACAGUGGUUUUGUAACAAAAUGUAUAGAGAAACGGGGGGAAUUGCCCUUUUUGAGUCACUACUGGGUGAGAAAUGAUCAAAUUGUGCUAGUUUUCUCCCUAACUGUUGCAGUGCAUUGUACAGAUGGACCCAUUUCUGAAAUCUAGUUUAGAGGCUCACUUCUGUGCAGGAGGAGCACUGUAAAAGUGAAUUUGUCAUCCAUUGAGUUGCAUAUUUUGAUGGAACCAGUGCAACACAAUUCAGAAAGUAUAUGAUAAGCUGGUUAUGUCUUGAGCUUUGCCAUCUUUAAAUGUGUAUCAUUAAGUAGCUUCUUGAGGAAACGUUUUUAGUUUUUACCUUUGUAAUUUAAAAGAAGGGGGGAAAAGAAAUGGCUUUUAUUUGGGUCCAUGUUAGCAUUUUUUUUAUAAAACUUGCAGUGUUCAGAAUGUUACAGUUCCAAUUUGUACAGAGUGAACUUUUUCAAAAUAAAUAUUUUCUAAAAUGCUUUAA